AUGGAUCUACUGGACGCCAUCGAACAGUUUGAGCAACAAACAGAUGCUUGUCAAACCACUCGACGAGAAUUUGAUUUUGUUGAGCGUCAAGUGUUGUUUGUACAGCAAAAAGUACGCGAAUCAUGGCAGAGAAAGCGUGGAAGUAGUGUCGAAUUACCAUGUAUUCCCUUUUAUUGGGUCUUUUCAAAAUUAUUGCGCCUGAUUGAGGAAUAUCCGGAUGGUCUGACAGAAGCUAUUGUACUUACUGAAGUAAAUAUCUUCUUAAAUCAAAAAGAAGAAGCAAACGAUACGAACUAUAAGGUUAUAAAGGUAUACAAGAAACGAAAAUAUCACGAUCUAUCAGAGACGGAAGAAUUCUUAACUGACAACAUACAACAACAAAAAGGGUUCACCGCUACAAUUAUUAAUUAUGAGAAUCAUCAAUUCGUAUUAGAAAUGAAAAAGGUCCCACAUGUGACGGUACACAUGUACUUGCAUCAGAGAUUUCGUUCCUGUAUGGACUUUUGGCAUGAUACAUUGCAAGAUGAAUCAAAUGGUGGUGAUACUGCCUUUUUCCCUUUUCAGAUUGAUGGUGAAGUUGUGUUUACCAAUGCUAAACUACUAGAGAGGAAGGAAAUUGAUAUGAAACAAUCAAUGGUAAAUGGAGAAAAGAAUCGAGCCAAGUUUACAUUCUUACCAACUGCCUUUUUGAUUCCACGACUGAAUGAAGAGAAAGUGUUGGAUCACAAGUUGGUUGCGGAUGCCAUUAGUUUAAGUCAAGUGGAUCGAUUGGUUGGAGAAAUACAAGAUACGAGUGCGAUCCAAGUGUUGACGAUAAAGGUCCAAGUGCUGGAUAUUGGAGCUGUUCGACCAUGCCAAACGCCACUGUAUGUCCACCGACAAGUUAUAUUGUUGGGAGAAGUUGAGCAGACUAACACUAGUGCGACGACAAAUUCACAGCAAUUGACCCAAGGUUUGCAUUUAAUGGUUCUCUGGGAUGACCAAGUUGCGCUCAGUCGUCUAUUUCGUGUUGGUGAUACUCUCACAAUCUUCCACCCAUUCGUGCACGUAUGUGGCCAACACGACACGGAGAUUCUACACAUUUUGAACGAGCAUUCGUUCCAGCAACGCAUUUCAUACUAUUUUGAGUAUGGCAGUGCUACAGUGCUGUUUAGCAAGUCAUCUCGAGUCUCCACCAUGGAUAAUUCACCCACAACAUUAGCCAAUCCUCAAGAACACAGCGAGAUGGAACAACCCUUAUCUCACUUGGAUGAUAUCAAACCAGGAUGGCAUAACUUCUCGCUAUAUGCUCAUGUGCGUAGCAUCACUGUUUCACACGGCAUCCCGCUACUGGCAGCUUUCUUUUACGCGUACUACGAUUCAAAGACAAAUCAACCGGGGACGAUGAAUACAAAAAUGCUGCCUCCGCCACCUCUGGACUGCACAAUAGUGUCAAGGUACUAUCUGGUCGUGAUGCUGCAAGUCUACAUUGCAUCGUCGGAACGUUUACUGACGAUUGAGGUCACAGGAGAGAAUGCAUUGACAGCAUUACGCCUUCUUCCAGGACAAAGUGUCUUCUUUGAUGGUCUUGUGGCCAUUGAUAUACAGUCAAAGUCGGUACGUCGAUAUCGGGAACGAGGAUGCAUGCCACUUGCUUCAGCUUCAACAACAAAAGCUGAAUUUGCUCUUCCAACGAAAGCCUACAGCACGUCUCCAUCUUCUAGUGUUGUAGUGCUGUGCUCGGAUUGGGAAAGUAUCUUUGGAAAACAAUCUCUCUUCCACAACAGCUCCAAGCUCACGGUUAUCAAUACGACUCCAGGUCUUUUAAACACUGUACUCGAUCGUUCUACAACACUUGACAACGUCGCAGCACAUGCACUUACCAUGACCGAAAUGACACUCUCAGGAGCUGGUUGGUUAAUUCCAAUUGACACUCUCGGAGCACAAAGUUUUACAAUGGAUCCAACCUGUGAGAAGGGCCACGCAACGACCUAUGCACACAAGGCGUGUUUCCGUCCAUUAGAGCUCAUGACAAGAAAAGGAGAGCAAGUGCCUAAUCCACCCAAGUGGAAGUGUCUCUUUUGCCACGAGAUACUUUGUGGAUUACAAGACACGGUGCAAACAUACAACGAAUUAGCCGUGAUGCUUCAGAAUGGUCGAUCAAGAACUUGUCCAUUGGUCGUGCUUUGUCAAGGUGAGACAGUGGAAACUCUACUUGGUCUAUCUGCUGACCGCUAUGUUCAAUUACCAUUCACACAAAAGCGCAAGAGACUCGAAUGUGUCAUGGGGACAUCUUUUCAACUGGUCCUAUCUCGAUGUGCACCUCGUCACGUUUUCAUUCCAUCGACAUCAUUCUCACCCCUCGUACGUCACGAUACUGACGAUACAAGGACAUUGGUGAUUCAUUCACGUAUGGAUCUUGUACAAUCCAUUGAUCCUUUUGCUAGAGCUCAUGACAUACUUUCAAGGUUAAAAUCCUAA